UUUUUAACUUUGAAAACGAGUUAAAAACGAACAAGACCUUAAACUAUCACAUAAUUUUUAUCUCACUCAUUUCAGCAAGACAAUACAGCUGUUUUGGGAAUCCGUUGAAAUGUCACAUUUUGGAAUUCUGUUUACGUUAUUUGCUUUGACAUUUGCCUUAAGCUACGAAGUAAACGAAGAAAAUAACAAUGAUUAUGAAAAAGAUGUAUUAGAUAAUCUUGAGGAUAGCGAAUUACAUGAUUCAGACUCAAAGGAUGAUAGUGAAGACAACGAAAAAGAAAUCUUAGAAAGUUAUGAAGAUAAUGAUCCCUUUCAAAGCAAUAUUAAAAUGCAACGACUUGAGCAGCCUCACCUUAAAUACUCAAAACGACAAUAUAAUUUUGCACGAGCAUGCGAAGGAUACAAUCUGAUAAUCAAUUGCCACGGUCAUGGAAAAAUUAAAGUGGUUUAUGCAAACUAUGGUAGAACCUCGUCUCGUAUAUGCUCUCGUCGCAGAUCUUUUUUCAGAAGAAUUAUUAAUCCUAUUUAUUUGCGUAAUAACUGUGACAAUCAUAAAAGUUCGACAAAAGAAGUUCGUAGCAGGUGUUCAGGUAGGUCAUCUUGUAUUGUUCAAGCAUCGAAUGGAGUAUUUGGUGACCCUUGUUUUGGAACUUAUAAAUAUCUUGAAGUGCAAUUUUAUUGUAAAAGGAAACACCAUUUUAUUCAUCAUAUUUAAUCGAAAACCUUUUUUAGCGACAAUGUAGAACUAAAUUUACCUUACGAUUUGAUUUAAUUAUAUGUAAACACGGACAUGGUCAUGGUAUAAGACCAUGACUUUAAUAUUUUCAAUAAAAUAUUUCACCACAAA